UAAUCGCGCGAGGAAAAUUAUGUAAAUCUAACGGCAGCUGUUACGCCGAUUAGCCAAUUCAACCGUCAAAGGCACGCAGUAGGGGCCCACUACUAACUAGGUCCGGCAACUCUGCGCUGAAGGAAGUGACAGAGCCUUAUUGAAUUCAAGUGGAUCCAGAUCCGAAUCUCCAAACAACCAACUUACAGAACCGAGCGACGAAGCUCGGUGGCGCUGCAGCAGAUCUACAAUCCUUCCGGUAUUGGAACCAGAAAUUGGCCGUUCAGUCCGAUAAAUCAAGCAUUUUGGAGCUCUGAUUAAUGGAGUCCAAUAAUGCGGCGGAGGAGAUGCCGACCGUCGGCAGCCUCCUUCCCCUUGCCUCUGUCUCCCAGCAACCCUACGUCUCCGAGCUCCUCUCCUUCACUCUCGAUCGCCUCCACAAGGAACCGGAGCUUCUUCGGGUCGAUGCGGAGAGAAUACAGAGGCAAAUGCAAGAGGUAGCAGUUGGCAAUUACCGAGCGUUUAUUGCUGCUGCCGACGCAUUGCUCGCGAUUCGUGACGAAGUGUCUUCAAUUGACAACCAUCUUGAAUCUCUGAUAGCUGAGGUCCCAAAAUUGACAUCUGGAUGCUCUGAAUUCGUUGAAUCUGCAGAAGAGAUUUUGGAAAAGAGGAAGAUGAACCAAAAAUUGCUGGCAAAUCACAGCACUUUGCUGGACUUGCUUGAAAUUCCUCAGUUAAUGGACACAUGCGUGAGAAAUGGAAAUUAUGAUGAAGCUCUUGAUUUAGAAGCAUAUGUUGGCAAACUUUCAACAAUGCACCCCAAAAUAUCUGUUAUUCAAGCACUGGCUGAAGAAGUUGGGCAGAUCACCAAAUCUCUUCUUUCUCAGCUUCUCCAAAAACUCCGUUCAAAUAUUCAGUUGCCAGAAUGUCUCCGCAUUAUUGGAUACUUACGUCGAAUAGGAGUAUUUAGUGAGUAUGAAAUGCGUUUGCAGUUUCUGAGAUGCAGGGAGGCAUGGCUUACUGGAAUUUUGGAGGAUCUGGACCAGAGAAAUGCUUAUGAGUACUUAAAAGGGAUGAUAAACUGUCACAGGAUGCAUCUAUUUGAUGUUGUUAAUCAGUAUCGAGCAAUAUUUGCUGAUGAUACAUCAGGAAGUGAAGAAAACUAUGACGGUGGGCUUCUCUUUAGCUGGGCAAUGCAUCAAAUCACCUCACACCUUAAGACACUAAAAGUCAUGCUUCCAAAGAUAACUGAAGGUGGAUCGCUAUCAAAUAUAUUGGAUCAGUGCAUGUAUUGCGCUAUGGGGCUUGGUUGGGUUGGGCUGGAUUUUAGGGGAUUGCUUCCUUCACUUUUUGAAGAGGCAGUUCUUAAUUUGUUCUCCAAAAAUAUGAGUACAGCAGUUGAGAAUUUUCAGUUGGUCUUGGAUUCACAUCGAUGGGUCCCUCUUCCAGCAGUUGGCUUUCCAGCAAAUAGUGUUGGUGAAGAUACUCAUGAGGAAGUGACACCGCCAUCUUAUCUGAUGGAGCAUCCACCUCUUGCUGUUUUUGUUAAUGGUGUUUCUGCGGCAAUGAAUGAGCUGCGCCCCUGCGCCCCACUAAGUUUGAAGCACGUGCUUGCUCAAGAAUUAAUCAAGGGGUUGCAGGCUGUUUCUGACUCUUUACUGGCAUACAAUACAACUCGUAUACUUAAAGAAAGUGAGUCUGGACUUUUCCUCUCGCUUUGCCGGGCAUUUAUUGAGGUUGCAUACCCGCAUUGUGCCACAUGCUUUGGUCGGUGUUACCCUGGUGGAUCUGCUAUUAUAAUGGAUGCAAAGAAUUUAUAUGAUGGAAUCGGCCGCCUAGUGAGGGUUUUUUCAUCUAGAGAAGUCCCAAAACCUGUUAAUAAUGGAGAGGAUAAAAGCAUAACAGAGAACGGUGACCUGCCUUCACAACCUUCGAAGGAAAAUGGGGUAGCUCCUGUUGAACAAACUGAAGAUGCCAAUGCGGAUGUAAUAGAAGAGAAAAGCCCCACUAUGCAGAACGAUGAAAAUCCUAGUGCCACUGUAUGAUCAAUUUGAUCUCCUCAACAGUCCCAGCUUAAUUUUGUAGGUCGCCCAUUCUUUCAUUUUCUUCUUUUUGAAAGAGUUAAAAAAAAAGAAAAAGAAAAAAAAAUUGAUUUUUCAUCAGGUGCUUGUAAUUAACAUGUUGAGUAACACAAAAGAAAAAUCCAUCUGAUUAAUAUUUUAUAGAAGCGAGAAGCAAUAUGAUUGUACAAGUGAAUAAUACUACUUCCAUUCAUGUAACAUCCUUGAUAACAAGUAAAACACUUGUAAUUGAUUA